GGGGCCAAGGGAGAUUCACUUCCGGGAGUAGCCGGCGCCGCGAGUAUCAAAGAAUAGGUAGGGCCGUGGGGCCACGUCCUGGCCCGGUGGCCUCGGUCCGCCUAACCAAGAAUGAAGAUCACUAGGCAGAAACACGCCAAGAAGCAUCUUGGCUUCUUUCGCAAUAAUUUCGGAGUCCGGGAGCCGUACCAGAUUCUCCUGGACGGCACUUUCUGUCAGGCGGCGCUGCGGGGCCGCAUCCAGCUGCGGGAGCAGCUGCCCCGCUACCUGAUGGGGGAGGCGCAGCUGUGCACGACCAGAUGUGUAUUAAAGGAGUUAGAAACGUUGGGAAAAGACUUAUAUGGGGCAAAACUAAUUGCACAAAAAUGCCAAGUUCGAAACUGUCCCCAUUUCAAGAAUGCAGUGAGUGGAUCAGACUGUCUGCUUUCCAUGGUUGAAGAGGGAAAUCCUCACCAUUAUUUCGUGGCAACACAGGAUCAGAAUUUAUCUGUGAAAGUAAAGAAAAAGCCUGGAAUUCCUCUCAUGUUUAUUAUUCAGAACACUAUAGUCUUGGACAGACCGUCUCCGAAAACAAUUGCCUUUGUUAAAGCAGUGGAGUCGGGUCAGCUUGUCUCAGUGCAUGAGAAAGAAAGUAUAAAGCAACUCAAAGAAGAACAGGGUUUAAUGAAAAAUCCUGAGCAGAGAAGAAGAAAAAAACGCAAGAAAAUAAGUGGCCCCAAUCCUCUUAGUUGUUUGAAGAAAAAGAAAAAAGCACAAGACACAAAAUCACCUGUUUCUGAAAAGAAAAGAAAAAGAAAAAGAGUAAGAAUCCGGAGCAGACCUACCUCUGCAGAGCUUUCUGAGAAGCAGAACCCUGAAGGAUGAGGAGAUGGGAAAAUGAAUUUACUAUUACAUCAGUAGAGUAUUUAUGACAAAUGACUAAACUUAUUUUGUAAGUGAAUGUUGACCUCUAUACUUUUGUGUACAAUUACUUGUAAAAUAAAAAGAGUGGUUGGGUUUAA